AUGUAAAGUAAUCUUAGCGAAAUAAAAAAAUAUUAACAAUAGAGAGAGGAAAGAUUUCAUUAAAGUUUGUUUAAAGAUCAAAUCUAAAAUAUUGAUUCAACUAUUCAAGAUGAUUCGAAUAAUCCUGAUUUUGUUAAGGUUAUUGUUAUUUGUACUUUCACUAAUGAAGUAACAAUUUAAAUUAAUUUAAUAGACAAUUGCAACUAAAGAAAAAAUAAUAUGCUCUGAUAAUGAUGUUUAAAUUAUAGAAAAGGAUGACGUAGUUGGUAAAGAAUCAAAAUUAAAAAAAUAGAAUAAUAAGACCUUUCUGAAUGUGCAAAAAAAGAAAUUGUAACAUAUAUAGAAAGGUCAUUUAUUGAAUGUUGUAAAUUGCUAAAGUCCAAUUAUAUUGAGAAAUUUGAUGUGAUAAAAGUAUAAUUCAAUUAUAAAGAAUUUAGUUACCCAUCUGUUCAGCUAAUGGAAUACGCAUUCCAAAUGAAUAUGAUAUUAGAUAAUUUAUUAAAUUGUCUAAAAUCAAAAAUAAUAAUGAAGAAUUCAAUAAAUCACUUGGCUCUAUGGAUACUAAACAUUUAUUUGGUUUACUUAUAAGUAGUCUAAUAUUCUAAGUAUUGAUUUCAUUUAUUAUUUUGAGGAUAGUCAAAUUGAAGAAGCCCUUUUUGAAUUACUAUUUUAAAACAUCAAUUUGGAAAAUGCUAUUAAAUUGUUACUUAUCACUGUAUAAUAUGAAUCAAAAAAAUAACAUUAUUUUUUUAAGUAUCAUUUGUAUUAAUCAUAUAGACUUAUUAAGCAUUUAUAUUAUUUUAGUAAAGGGUUAUUGAAGGAAACCUAUGAUAAUUAUUUACAAAAAAUAGUUUAAAAUGGAAUGAAACCAAAACAAUUGUAAGUUGAAAAACCCAAUUUUAUAAAAUUAAUAACUUAAUUGCACAUUUUUAAAAUUAACUCAACUAUCCUUUAUCCUCUUUUUAAAUAAUAAGAAUCAUAUCUAUUUUAAUAUUAUAAACCCAUUAUUGAAAAGAAAUCAUUUACUGUACAUAGAAAUUUGGAUUGUCCAGAGGGAAGAGAGUAAUCAGAUUUUCCUCAUAUUUACUAUCUUAAAAAUAAUGAAAAUUAAACUAUUUUAGUAGCAGUUUAAUAUGAGAUUUCUGGAGAUAUUCUUAUUUUCUAAGAAUACCAAGAAAAAUUCAUAAAAUAUAAUGAUAAUUACUUAGGACUCAUUGAAUUUAAGAAUUAAGGCAAAGAAUUUAUUGUUUUUGAUGAUGGUUAUCCAGAAUACAUGGAAAAUAGUUUUCCUUAAUGGAUUGGAAGGAAAAAAAGAAGAAUGUUAGUUUUUGAUUAUUUUUCAGAUAAAAGAUAUGAUAAACCAAGAUUAUUUGAAGUGAAAUGCUACAACAUCAAUACAAAUUAAUAUGAUGGUAAUAAAUUUAGUUUAAUUGUUUAUUAGAGAUCAUUACUUAAGAACCACACUAUGAUGACUAGAAGGGUUCUUUUAUAUUGAAAUUAAAAGAUAUUGCAUUAAUUCCAUCAACCAGAAAUUUCGUAUUACAUAAAAAGGGAGAUAAUCUCAAAGAAUAGCAAAUCUAUCUAUGUCAUGGAAAAUAAAAUAGACAUACAUUUCACUUAGAAUUACAUGAAGGAAUUAGUGUAUUUUAAGGAUUCUGUAUUUCUGUUGUAUCAAUUUGUUCAAAGGGCCUUCGUUAAUGAAUACAUAAUAAUUUGUAUUUUAAUUUAAAGGAAUGUUAUAGCACUCUGAAUCAGAUGAUCAUUCUCCUGUUCAUGUAAUCUAGUUUUAAGAUAAGAAUACUGAAAUUGAGUCUGAAGCAUUAUGGGAUAAGGAAGAUGCUUAGCAAGAAUAUCAUAUUCAAAUUAACUCAGAUCGAAUUUUAGAUAUUUUUUAAUCAAUUGAAACAUAAAUUCAUCCAUUUAAUUGUGUUUACAAAACAAAUCAAUAAAUGAUAGUGAUGUAUAAACAGAAAUUGUCAACAUUAAAAAAAUUAGGAUAUUUGAUUUGUAAAAGUGAAACUAAAUAUUGCAUUAUUCUUAUAAAAUUAGAGAAUCAUAAUUCAUUAUUGAUAAAGUCUUUAAAAGGAGUAUAUAAUUAUAUUUAAAAAGGACUCUGAACUAAAUGAUAGUAUGAUGAAAAAGAUAGGAAAUGCAAUUUAUCAAUUUUCAGAUAAAAAUUAACAUCUUUCACAUAUAGAUGAGAUUAUGUAAGUAUAAAUUUAUAUUAGACAUGAAGAUUCAAGAUUCAAUCCUUUCCAUUUAAAUAGUUUAAGUGUUGCCAUGAUUUAUAAAUAUCUUUAAGAUAAAAUAGAGAUCCCUGAGUAAAUAACAAUGAAAUAAAUAUCUAAUUUAAUAGAAAAGGAGCAUGAUAAUAUUAAAAAAGAACCAUUAUUAAUUAAAUAAUAAUAAGUUAGUUAAUUUCAUAUAUUUACCAUUGAGAGAUUUAUAUUCAAUAAAAUAUUUGAUUAGAUGAUGAAUUAUUAUAUAGAAAAAUAUCAAGAAAGAUAAAAUUAAGUAGAUCUAAAAAAGAAGCAAUUAAAAGAAAAAUAUUCUAAAGAAGAUUUAAUAAAAUCAUUGGAAAUUAAAAAUCAAUAUUUACCUAAUUCAGAUAUACCAUAUUUUGAAGCAAUAAAUGAAUUAAAAUUAAUUAAUCUCUACAAAACUCCUACCGAAAUGUUGAAAUAAUUUUAAUAUGUCCUAGUAUUAAUUAGAGGAGUUGCUUUUGAAUGUAAUCAAAAGGAAGAAAUAAUUGCUAUGGAUGAUGAAUUACCAAUUUUAAUUUGGGUAGCUUUAAUAAGUGAUGUUCCUAAUCUUUAUGCAAAAAUAUAGUUUGUUGAUGAUUAUAUAUAGGAAAUUGAAAAUGAAAAGAGAAUCUUAACUAAUUUAAGAGUAUCUUUAGAUUAUAUUUCUAAAGAAUGGAAAUUAUGA